AUAUCCUAUUUUGUUUUACAGAUUUGGAAGACUCCAGGGCCCUCAAGCUGUGAUUAAUCAGAUGGUUUCUGAAACGCCUGGGAAAGCAGACGCGUUGUGUGCCAGUUGAAGAGUGGAUGUCUGUGUAUAUUUAAAACCUUCUUUCUCCACAUGCGCAUUUCCGCGAGAAGACGGGCUCGUUCUGGUGCACACGUGAAGAGUUUUACAACUGAUGAAAAUUAAUUUAAGAAUCAGAUGGAGCAACUUGACACCGCUGGGCUCAGGGGCUCAGGGAGAAAAAUAUAUCACUAAUGGCCAAUUUUCCAUAUGGUCUUCACGGGUAAAGAAAGUUUGCAAAAAGAAGAAAAAAAAACUUGCACAGAUCAAGCCUCAAAAAUACCUCUCCAAUUUGAAGAAGGAGCUAAGUGAGACGGUGACUGAGGGGGAAGUGUGAUUUCAAGCACUGAGGUGGGAUCAGGCAGUGUUCUUUUGCACUUUAAUUUUCAGUGAGUUUGGCGAUUUGGACAGACUUCAGAAUUCUGGACUGACAAGUAACUCCUGCUGUGUGGUUAUGAUCGGAGGACAGCCAGUUCAGGUUUGAUGGGACAAGUUUGAACGGUGAACUGAUUCCUUUGCCUUUUUCAGUUGAUCGCAAUCGAGAAAUUUUAAUUUAUUAUUUCCCUUUUCCUUUUGUGUAUCUAUAGGGUAAUAUCUUAAAGUAGCAAUUGAAACUGACAAUUACAAGAUAAAUAUCCAGGAACGUCCAGGCAAAGCUGCUUUUCCUUGGACUGUGCAUGUGGCGUUUGGAAACCUUCUCUGAACGCGAACAGGAAAGGACCAGCAGCAAAACGGGAUAACUCUCGAGGGGAACAGUGGGAAGGAACCCAGCCCUUGCCUCUGUUUUCAUUUUAAGGGCUUCUCUUUUCUGUUGAGUCCAAGAAGACUUGCACAUAAGAGGAGGCUUACUGGAUGGACUUACUUCUGAGAUUAGUUUUUUCUUUCGAGGUGAAAAAAUAUGUGAUCUUUAGGGGCAGAAAGGGGAGUGACUAGGGGAGGGAAGAAGGAGACGGGGCAAAAGAGACUAAAUCCUGCAGUGAGGCUCUGUUUUGUCAGCAAGAGGAUUUAGGAUUCACCUGAGGCGAACACUUGGACGACUUUCAGAGCUCUAGGACGUUCUGGCUCUGCCGAGUGAAGGGGCUUUCUCUCUGCGCCUCUAUGGCACUGAGGGCUGCGUGGGCCUGCGGGGGUGCAGUCAGAUGGAGCCCGGCUCUCCCCGGGGACACAGCCACCUGCCAGGAAACCGGCUUGGGCUCUGAAGUGGGAUGUUUCUGGUUCUGAACAGCAGGAAAGAGUCUUUUUUUCUUCCUGAACUUGGACUGCUGUCUGCACAAACUCUGGUCGUUUUGCACGGUUUGUGUGCCUUUUUUUCCCUUUAUGCAAUCUUUUUCAGCUUUAGCAGCAAAAAUUGUCUAGUUGCGAAAACACAGCAGAGGGCAGCUUCAGAAGGAGGAUGAUCCCAUGUUUGUCUCUGCGCCUGAACUUUUGAAGAGAAAACUCCAGCUCGAGGGAUUCUUAAAGCCUUAAGUUACUUGAAAUCUAUGUAUUUGCAACCUUUGGUCUCUGGAAUCAUAUUACACUAAACUGGAAUCUCAGGCUGAGUGAGAAUAACCAAGCUGAGUAAAAAGAAGAAAACUCAGUUUCUUGAUCACCGUGUAUUAACCAUGCUCUUUGUGCAAAGGGCAGGCCUGCUCUUCCUCUAAGGACUUGAAAAUAGAAAUGGACCCCGUGUUUUUUUAAGCAUUACCUUUUCUUAGCAGACUGCCAUCUUUUAUAGAGGAAUUUUUUCACUAUGCAUUUGGUGGAUCUUUAUAAAAUACUGACCUUCUAAUUAGAUCCAGGUCAAUCUUAAUUAAAGGGAACCGGGGGAAAACAACGCAAGCCAACCACAAAAAUAGAAUAAAUCGAUGAAAAGAAUUGAUUUAAAUUUUUCGGCAUUCAGCAUUACUUUUUAAGUGAAACAGUUCCCUGAGAAAAGUAUGUAUGCAGCGGUGGAGCAGGGGCCUGUCCUUUGCAGCGACUCCAACAUCCUGUGCCUGUCCUGGAAGGGCCGCGUCCCCAAGAGUGAGAAGGAGAAGCCCGUGUGCCGGAGGCGCUACUACGAGGAGGGCUGGCUGGCCACCGGCAACGGCCGGGGCGUCGUGGGGGUGACCUUCACCUCGAGCCACUGCCGCCGGGACAGGAACACUCCCCAGAGAAUCAACUUCAACCUGCGGGGCCACAACAGCGAGGUCGUGCUGGUGAGAUGGAACGAGCCAUACCAGAAGCUGGCCACGUGUGACGCGGACGGAGGGAUAUUCGUGUGGAUUCAGUACGAGGGAAGAUGGUCCGUGGAACUGGUCAACGACCGAGGGGCUCAGGUGAGUGAUUUCACGUGGAGCCACGAUGGGACUCAAGCGCUAAUUUCAUAUCGAGAUGGGUUUGUCCUGGUCGGUUCUGUCAGUGGACAAAGACACUGGUCAUCUGAGAUCAACUUGGAAAGUCAGAUCACAUGUGGCAUAUGGACUCCCGAUGACCAGCAGGUGCUGUUCGGCACGGCCGAUGGGCAGGUGAUCGUCAUGGACUGCCAUGGUAGGAUGCUGGCCCACGUCCUGCUGCACGAGGCCGAUGGCGUCCUCGGCAUGUCCUGGAACUACCCCGCCUUCCUGGUGGAGGACAGCAGCGAGAGCGACACCGACUCGGAUGACUACGCCCCGCCCCAAGAUGGUCCAGCAGCAUAUCCCAUCCCGGUGCAAAACAUCAAGCCACUGCUCACCGUCAGCUUCACCUCGGGGGACAUCAGCUUAAUGAACAACUACGAUGACUUGUCUCCUACUGUCAUCCGCUCAGGGCUGAAAGAGGUGGUGGCCCAGUGGUGCACGCAGGGAGACCUCCUGGCAGUCGCUGGUAUGGAAUGGCAAACCCAGCUCAAUGACCUUCCCAAUGGCCCGCUCCUGAAGAGUGCCAUGGUCAAGUUCUACAACGUCCGAGGGGAGCACAUCUUCACGCUGGACACACUUGUGCAACGCCCCAUCAUCUCCAUCUGCUGGGGCCACCGGGACUCUAGGCUGCUGAUGGCGUCAGGACCGGCUCUGUACGUGGUCCGCGUGGAGCACCGGGUGUCCAGCCUGCAGCUGCUGUGCCAGCAGGCCAUCGCCAGCGCCCUGCGAGAAGACAAGGACGUCAGCAAGCUGACCCUGCCCCCCCGCCUCUGCUCCUACCUCUCCACGGCCUUCAUCCCCACCAUCAAGCCCCCAAUUCCAGACCCCAACAACAUGCGAGACUUUGUCAGCUACCCCUCGGCCGGCAACGAGCGUCUGCACUGCACCAUGAAGCGCACAGAGGACGACCCGGAGGUGGGCGGCCCAUGCUACACGCUCUACCUGGAGUACCUGGGCGGGCUCGUGCCCAUCCUCAAGGGCCGGCGCAUCAGCAAGCUGCGGCCAGAGUUCGUCAUCAUGGACCCCCGGACGGACGGCAAAUCAGAUGAGAUCUAUGGGAACAGCCUGAUUUCUACCGUGAUCGACAGCUGCAACUGCUCAGACUCCAGUGACAUCGAACUGAGUGAUGACUGGGCUGCCAAGAAGUCUCCCAAAAUCCCCCGAGCUAGCAAGUCACCCAGACUCCCAAGGAUCAACAUCGAGGCUCGGAAGUCUCCCAAGCUGUCCCGGGCCGCUCAGGAGAUGUCCAGGUCUCCUCGCUUGCCCAUGCGCAAGCCCUCCAUCGGCUCGCCCAGCCUGACGCGAAGAGAGUUUCCCUUCGAAGAUGUCACUCAGCACAACUAUCUUGCCCAGGUCACCUCUAAUAUCUGGGGAACGAAAUUCAAGAUUGUGGGCUUGGCUGCUUUCCUGCCAACCAGCCUUGGUGCAGUCAUCUAUAAAACCAGCCUCCUGCAUCUCCAGCCGCGGCAAAUGACCAUCUAUCUCCCAGAGGUCCGGAAGGUUUCCACGGACUAUGUCCAUUUACCUGUCUUCAGCCCGAAUGUCUUCAGUGAAGAUGAAGAUGAUUUACCAGUGACGGGAGCGUCCGGCGUCCCGGAGAACAACCCGCCUUGUACCGUGAACAUCCCUAUCGCACCCAUCCACAGCUCUGCGCAAGCUAUGUCCCCCACGCAGAGCAUCGGCCUGGUGCAGUCCCUGCUGGCCAAUCAGAACGUGCAGUUGGACGUCCUGACCAAUCAGACCACGGCCGUUGGGGCCCCUGAGCACGCAAGUGACAACGCCACCCAGUACCCAGUCUCCAACCGGUACUCCAGCCCGGGACAGGUGAUCUUCGGAGGUGUGGAGAUGGGCCGUCUCAUCCCGAACCCUCCACAGCUGUCCCUGCCGUCGGCCCCGGGGGUAGCCCAGUUGUCGGUGGUGGACCACGGAGGGGACCGCGAGCUCGAGCACCUGCAGAAGCCGGUCAAGGCGCUGCGGCCUGCCCCGUCGCUGGCUGCUGAGGGGGAUGCCGUGGUGUUCGGCGCCACCCAGGAGGUCCAGGUGGCGAAGUUGAAUCCCCCACCCCCUUACCCAGGAACGAUCCCGGCUGCCCCAACCACGGCAGCGCCGCCGCCCCCGCUGCCGCCCCCGCAGCCCCCGGUGGACGUGUGCUUGAAGAAGGGCGACUUCUCGCUGUACCCGACGGCGGCGCAUUACCAGCCGCCCCUGGGCUACGAGAGGAUCACCACCUUCGACAGCAGCGGCAACGUGGAGGAGGUGUGCCGGCCUCGGACGCGGAUGCUCUGCUCACAGAACACCUACACCCUCCCUGGCCCGGGCAGCUCGGCCACCCUAAGGCUCACCGCCACCGAGAAGAAGGUGCCCCAGCCCUGCACCAGCGCGACCCUGAACCGCCUGACGGUCCCGCGCUACUCCAUCCCCACUGGGGACCCGCCCCCCUACCCCGACCUGGCCGGCCCGCUGGGUCCGGUCCGGGGCGCCGCGCAGCGGCUGGACGGCGGUCUCAUCUCCUCUUACAGCCUCCUGAGCCCGCCCGACGGUGCCCGGGAGCGCACCGACUACGUCAACUCGGCCUUCACGGAGGACGAGGCGCUGUCCCAACACUGUCCGGUUGAGAAGCCUCUGAGGCACCCCGCGCUGCCCGAAGCUGCUGUGGCCGUGAAACGGCCGCCCCCUUACCAGUGGGACCCUGUGCUAGGGGAGGACAUUUGGGUGCCUCAAGAAAGGACAGCACAGACUGCAGUGCCCAACCCCCUGAAACUGCCCCCUCUGGUGGUGGGUCAGAGCCAGCACCUGGACGUGUCCCGCGUGCCCUUUGUCUCCCCUAAGUCUCCCGCCAGCCCUACUGCCACCUUCCAAACAGGCUAUGGGAUGGGAGUGCCGUAUCCAGGAAGCUAUAACACCCCCCCUUUGCCAGGAGUGCAGGCUCCCUGCUCCCCAAAAGACACCCUGUCCCCAACACAGUUUGCACAGCAGGAGCCGGCUGUGGUCCUGCAGCCAGCCUACCCACCCAGCCUCUCCUACUGCACCUUGCCCCCCAUGUACCCCGGGAGCAGCACAUGCUCGAGUUUACAGCUGCCACCCAUCGCCUUGCACCCCUGGAAUUCCUACAGUGCGUGCCCACCUGUGCAGAACCCCCAGGGCACUCUCCCCCCCAAGGCACACUUGGUGGUGGAGAAGCCCCUUGUGUCCCCACCGCCCACCGACCUCCAAAGCCACCUGGGUACAGAGGUGAUGGUAGAGACCGCAGACAACUUCCAGGAGGUCCUGUCUCUGACGGAAAGCCCAGUCCCCCAGCGGACAGAGAAAUUCGGAAAGAAGAACCGGAAGCGCCUGGACAGCCGAGCAGAGGAAGGGAACGUCCAGGCGGUGACAGAGGGCAAAGUGAAGAAGGAGGCGCGGACUCUGAGUGACUUUAACUCCCUGAUCUCCAGCCCCCGCCUGGGGAGGGAAAAGAAGAAAGUGAAGAGUCAGAAGGACCAGCUUAAAGCGAAGAAGCUGAACAAGACCAGUGAGUUCCAGGACAGCUCGGAGAGCGAGCCGGAGCUGUUCAUCAGCGGGGACGAGCUGAUGAACCAGAGCCAGGGCAGCAAGAAGGGCUGGAAGAGCAAGAGGAGCCUGCGCACGGCCAGCGAGCUGGAGGAGUUCAAGUGCCGGAAAGCCAGCGAGAAGGAGGACGGGCGGCUGGGCAGCCAGGGCUUCGUGUACGUCAUGGCCAACAAGCAGCCUCUCUGGAACGAGGCCACCCAGGUGUAUCAGCUGGACUUCGGGGGGCGGGUGACGCAGGAGUCUGCAAAGAACUUCCAGAUCGAGCUGGAGGGGCGGCAGGUGAUGCAGUUUGGAAGGAUCGAUGGCAAUGCGUACAUCCUGGACUUCCAGUACCCCUUCUCGGCCGUGCAGGCCUUCGCAGUGGCCCUGGCCAACGUGACUCAGCGUCUCAAAUGAAGAGACUGGCCUGGGCAGGAGAAGAGGCAAAGGAGCUUUACGGAGCGGUCUGAACGCAGAUGCCAGCGGAGCUCGCGUGGGCCCGGGUGCCUGGGGGACUGGAGGGCGAGGGCGAACGGGAGGUGUCUGCCAGGCCCAGGAGAGGGCGCUGACCUUAAUCAUUGUCAUUUAUUUGGGCUUUUAUUAUCCUUUAUUGUCUUUCUUCUUUCUUUUUGAACAACAGAAAAAUACAGGAGAGUGGUAUUUGGAAGCAAAGGUGCCAGGCGCCUGGUGUGUUUUUUAGGAAAUGUAAUUGCUUGUAAUGUCCUACUGGGUUUGCUUAUGUCAGCCACAGACAAGGGGCGCUCCAGAAGGAAGGCACAGUGCCUUCCAGCCUGCUGUUCCUUUAGACGUGAGGCGUACGCAUUAUUUUCAUUCUCCACAACAUCACCACUAGCGUAAAAGUGAAAACCUUUUAAAAAAAAACACAACCAAAAAUCCUGAAGGUACAGGUUCUCUUAGGGGACAGCAUUUAAUUCACAUGUUAUUACUCCCCCAAAGGUGACUUGAUUAAUGAAGGGUAUUUUGGCAAAUGCACUGUUUGACUGGUAAAGGUAGGCUUUUUAUGGGGGUGCUAUUAUCAGCUCUGAAUACGAUUCACUCCUGACGACGUAGGGGGAAGGCCUGACGGGCGAGGAAGGAACUCCUGCACGUGUACACAUGGGUGGCUUACGUAGCGUGACUUGAAAUAGUACAAGGGCUAUGCUCCUCUCUGGAGGAUGUUUACAUUGAAGACUCCACUAGUUUUAUAUUAUGUCAAAAUUCCAUAGGUUCAGUAUGAUUGACUUGAGAAAGUAAGAUACAAAAGCAUGUGAUCGGGGCAGUGGUUUUCUCAGCUAGUGCCUGGGUGUCCCUGAGAGGUAUCGUUGAUUCCCACUCUCUUUUUAUUGCUGGCUCUGGAAAAUGUGACAGUAGACAUUAUCUUUGCCAUUACACAACACCGUCCUACACUUUCCCUUUUGCUACAGAUGCUAACGAUGCUGGUGAAAGCUCUCCUUCCCUCUUCACCUGCAUUAACUUCAAUUGACUAGAAGUGUUUCCAACGGAUUAGAAACAUGACCGAAAAAUUUUAAGCGUUCGCUAGGGUAUUAAGAGAUAGGGUUAUAGUUGACUCUUUCACAGAAGUCCCACAGUCUUCAGGAAAAAAGGUUGUUCAUUCACUGUACAGACUGUUGAUUGAGGAGUUAAACCACUGGGAGAACAUGGUGAAAAUUGUAGUAUUUAAGAUAGUUAGUUUACUACUAAGAAAUCCUCCGAGAUGAUCUUUUCUUACCCCACGCCCAUCUCAGGGGACACCUUAGGCAGCAUCCAGCCCGGAUGACAAGACUCAGUUUAUUGUUGUGGGUCAUUCUCAUCCAUGAUGUAGAUUAGGGCAGCAGCAUGAGAACUGUGCACUGGCAUAUGGUCCUAAAUUUGGAUUUCGUUUGAUAACAGACAAGUGGAAGAUACUACAUAAAAGCAUUUUUAAAAAAAUUUUUUAAUUCCCUGUUUAGGUUUAAAAAAUAGAAAAGAAACUUGCCCAUUCCUUGCUCAGAACAAGAUAACAUCUGUCACCCACCUUCUCUCAAGCCCCUGAAGAAACACAGGAAGAUGAUAAAUAUGGCGGAGGACAUCUCCCGCUGAAACCAGAGUUUCCCAUCUUACAUUUUAAAAUGUCAGACGCGAUUCUUUGGUGGGUAAAUUCUUCCAGAAAGAAUUUAAUAAUUUCUUUAUGCAAGUUUCUGUAGUUUGAUGUUUCAAUGCUUAUUAUUAGUUGUGCAAUAUGGUUGGUUAUAACCUAUUUCUAAAAUAAUUUAAAUGCAAUUCCCUGUUUUAUUGUCCAAGAGAUAAUUAUUUAUCUUGCUUUAAUAGUAUUCUUAAGGGUUAUUUUCUUAACCAUGUACCAUUAUGCCCAUUUUAUUAUUUAUUUAGAAAAAUAGUAACGUUUGUAACAACUUACUUGGUAGCAGUAUAUUUUGCUGCAAGAAAUAAAGAGGAUAUGAUAGAAGGGUUUUUUGCUGGACAGUUUGUAACUUUACCUAAUUGGGAAAAUUUUUUCCAUUAAUCCUUUAAAAGUAUUUUAUUUUUUUUUUUCCAUUUUGUGGUAUUGAUUAGUUUCAAAGGAGAUUUCUUUAAGAUAACGUCUUAAAAUAACAUUUCCUCUUUUGAAAAUUUUAUUUUUAAUUAAAAAUGAAAAGUGAUAUGAAAUGAGAGGAAACUUAGAAUGAGAAUAGCAAAAAAAAAAAGAAUCAUUAGUAAUAAGUUCAGUUUUUAAAGUUCAGAUUGGUGUUUGAGAUACAAGGACCAUGAAAGACUACAUUUUAGAACUUUUCUUAGCAAGAGCAAGUAUAGGGGGAAAGCCUUGUCAUGAAGACUAAAGAGAAAGCAAGUGUUUGUAGCAAAUAAUUAACUAAGCUGACUAAACUCAUAGCUCACCCCCCACGUAGAGAUAGAGGCGUCUGUCUUAGAUGUUCACACACACGCUAAUGAGCAGCAGCGGCCCAGCUUGGCCCAGAGGCAGAGGUAAUUUCAGAUGCCAGAUUUCCUUAGACAGAUACACACAGUGGUUGUAAUGUGGUGGUGUCUUUGAAGUUGAUAAUGAUGCUUUAUCUUACUUUAAAAAUUGUUUUCAUUCAGGCAGUCUCGAUUUGUUAAAUACUGCUAUGGUCACUACUUUAUGCAGCAGAAUUCUACAUCAUGUUUACUAGCAAUGUAUGAAAAUGAAGAUACCUCAUUGAAUCCCUAAAUUUAAAAACAUCAGCCCAGUAAAUAGUCAACUACAUAAAGAAUCCAUGCCUUUUUGAGAGAAGCAGUAUAUUAGCAAACAAAAAAAAAUUUUAAUUUGUUUUAACUUUAACCUCAUCGAACCAAAGGCACAGAUUUGUGUAGAAUAUACCCAUUAAAUGUUUACCCUGAAGAAAUUGGUACCAGGGAAGCAGAAAAUGUCAGAGCCCUCAUGGCAGUAUAAGUCAGGACCUUGCAGGUUAGUAUUUUUCACCCAUGGCCAUUGCUCCUUUGUCAAGCGUCCCACGAGGACGUGCAAAAACGUGUACGUUCAUCUUACAGUCAUAGGAGAAAGUCAGUAGGCUCGGGAUCGAACCUGCUCUGUCACAGAGUUGGAGGGGAACGCCGGGCCUCCAUCUGUCCCUCCGUAAAAUGAAAGGGACCACCUGGACGACCUCCUAAACGCCGUCCAGCUCUGACAGCCCAAGGGCUCCAAAUGGGCCGGUUCCCCAUUCCACUUUGCGACUUGGAAGGUAUGUUUCAAAACAUUGCCUUUUGGUAGAGAAAUGUUUCUUUUCCUGUGUUAAUGAGUGGUCUACUGAAUGUAAAUCAGGGCACUUAAUAUCUUUAGAAGCUUCACCUCCAGAAGCAAAUGCAUUUGGAAUUGUGUUUUCAUAAAAUGACACAGAAGCCCCCAUUCCACCUGAGACAGGAGCCUUCCCCUGGGUGCACCUGCUCAGUGGCUGCCCAUGAGAACACCCCUAAAAUAAGUCCACACUGGCCCCAAAGACAAUAAAGGGGGUUGAAUACAAACAGAGGAGCGAAUGCCUAGGCCACCUUGAAUUCCCGAGUGUGCUCUGCAGUGUUACAUGAUCUUCAAGUUCAGAAGGUUUCUGGAAAAGGACCCCAUUGUGUGGGGCAUUUAUCACUUGGCCACGUCAAUGGCUGUGAACAAAGUCCGUUGAGACAAAAUGUGUCAAAAAUGUCGUUUGAGUUCCUGGGAUUUUGUAAUAGCACACAACUCCAAACCUUUCACCGUUUAUGGAUUUCCUUAUCUCUGGCUGAUAAAACUCUGAAGGUUUGUGGCUUA